AUGACUUCGAUUCUUUCAAUUGCUGUUUUAUUUUUACUUUUGGUUGCUUGUUCGAUCCAAGCUGGAUCAAAACAACGCAGUGAAGAACCUGUACACGAUGGUAAAUGUCCAACUCAUCAUUUCCCUAUUCCUAUUCGUUGUCGUCGUCGUGUUUGUCUUCCACAAGAAUUAAUUCCGUUGUGCAAAAACGAUGGUGAUUGUCCAAUAACACACAAAUGUUGUCGUCCAAUGUGUUCGUGCAGAGUUCGAUGUGUUGAAGCCGUUCCGGAAUAG